AUGUAUCCCAACAAGAUGUUAGAUCACGCUGAGUAUGCAGCAGCAGAGGCCUUCUCCUGCAUGGACUCCAUCGCCACCACCAUGAGAAAGAAGAACAGUAAGAAUAAAAGAAGGUUCAGUGAUGAACAAAUCAGAUCAUUGGAAACUCUGUUCGAGUCAGAGUCGAGGCUUGAACCAAGGAAGAAGAUGCAGUUGGCAACAGAGCUUGGGUUACAGCCACGGCAGGUUGCUAUAUGGUUUCAGAAUAAGAGAGCUCGAUGGAAGUCGAAGCAGCUCGAACGAGAAUACAACAUACUUCGAGCCAAUUACAACAACCUGGUUUCCAUGUUUGAAGCUCUGAAGAAAGAAAGACAGGCCUUGGUUGUACAGCUGCAGAAACUGAAUGAUCUGAUGCAAAGGCCACAGGAGGAAAGGCAGUGUUGCAGGCAAGAACCAACUGCAAAUGGCAUCCGAGGUGAAUCUGACAAUGGAGACACUGCCAUAUGUGAAUAUGAAAUGAAGCCAAGCUUGUCAACGGAGAGAUCAGAACAUGGACUAGGUGUCUUGACAGAUGAAGAUGCCAGUACAAAGCCAGAGUACUUCGAACUGGAAGACGAACCCAAUCUUCUGAAUAUGGUGGAACCUACUGAUAGUGCCUUGGCAUCACCCGAAGAUUGGGGCAGUUUGAACUCUGAGGGUCUCUUCGACCAGUCUAACAGUAAUUCUCAGUGGUGGGACUUCUGGUCUUGAAUGAAGGAAAACGGUCAUGGGUUAUAUGUAUGCAAAAUGUUCUUCCUUCGGUUCAAAGAUUCUAGGGGGGUAGUGGAGCAAAAUUAUGGACAAGGAGAGGGGAGAAGCAUCUUUCAGUGCAGCAAUGGGUUUAGAGACUAUGACUAUGAAUGUAGCUUUUUGAGACCGUUGGCACUCCACAUAAAGAAAUUCCAUCCACACACUUUAUGUGAUUGCAAAAGCUUUGCUAA